AGUUGAUAAAUGCUCGAAAACAAACUAUAUUUGCCAUAAAAAGGGGGCAGGUAACACCCCCUGUCUCUUUCGUCAUGAUUCGGUUGAGGGGCUGGUGGUGUCUUCUCUGCCUUUUCACUGUAUCUGAGGUGAAUGCUCGGAUUACAGUGUAUUUGCAUGUGAACUCGGCAAAGCUAGAUAAUUCUACUCUGUUUUAUGACGACUGCUGCAAGGAAGGAGAGUCUCCCUGUAACAAAUGUGGUCUGAACGUACAGCUGUGUAUAAGGCAGGAGAGGGGGACUUGUGAGAAUAGUACGACUGCAUGGAUCAAUAUGAAAGGGUUAGAUGACAUUGUCAUCGGAAAAGACAUCGGCGACAAAGAAAAUCCUUUAAGCAUGGAGGUCGACAAAGUGAUUUCCCCAUCUACAUAUCUACAAGUAACGGUUUACAAUAACGAUUCGACAACAUUAUAUCUAAACCACACAGUAAAGCAGCAGUGGACGAUGGGAAGUCAGUAUCUUCUCGGUGAGAAUACGUACGAGACAUUCUCUGUGAACAGUGGAAAUCACAUACAAGUAGGCCUAACAUCCUGGUAUGUGUGCACGGAGGGCUAUCACGGCGCAGAGUGCAGUGUGUAUUGUCAGGGAAAUCCCAGAAAAUGCGUUGUAAACGGGACGACUUACUGCAGGAACGGGUGGCGAGGAAAAGAUUGUGAUGAAAAUAUUGACGAAUGUGCCGAAGACGUGUGCGCUAACGGUGCAGGAGUAUGCACUGACACAGGGGGUGGUUUCGUAUGUGAUUGUGGUCAACAUAUGUAUGGGAAACAAUGUGUGAUGGACAAUGAUGAAUGUUUGGAUUUCCCUUGUAAUGCAGGUACAUGUAUUAACACCAUAGGAGGAUACAAGUGCAUUUGUCUUCAAGGUACCACUGGUCAAAACUGUGAAUUGUUAGCGUCAUCAACAUGCACGCAAUCCACGUGUAAAAACCAUGGGGCCUGCUCGGUAUUUCAUGAUUUAGCACGGUGCUCCUGUGAGCCAUACUUCCAUGGCCCUGACUGUUCGUUGCAUUGCACGAAGUAUUGCCUUAACGGAGGAUCAUGCAUAAAUGAUGGGAUAUAUCCUAGAUGCAUUUGUUCCCCGGGUUUCAAGGGCGACCACUGUGAAAUACAAGACCUAUGCUUCAAACAUAUUUGUGAUAACAACGCAAUUUGCAGUCAAAAUGGUACUUCGCUAUAUUGCGAAUGUAAGAAACACACAGAUGGGGAUAAAUGUCAGUAUUACGAUCGUUGUUAUGAUAGACCUUGUCAACAUGGUGGUCAGUGCAGCUAUAAAGGCCGUGAAGAGUAUCAAUGCAAUUGCACAGGAAAUUGGACAGGUAAAAACUGCGAGAAUUUUGACUGUGAUGAGGUAAGUCCAUGUCUGCAUGGUGGAACAUGUCGCCAAACAUCUUUGCAAUCUGGUUUUAACUGCACUUGCCGUCCUGGCUACUAUGGUACCUACUGCGAACAAGUUGACGCAUGCUAUAAUAACGGCCACAAAAAUCCUUGUUUACAUGGGUCUAUGUGCAUAAGACAAGGCAGCGAUUUUGAAUGCCAAUGUGUUCCUGGAUUUAUGGGUAAAACAUGUGAACAUAUUGACCAUUGCUUUCGUAGCCAUGCUCCCUGUUUUCAUGGAGGAACUUGUGUCUCAUCUAAACAUCAUCAUGGCGACUACACAUGCAAAUGUACAAGCGCCUGGAUGGGAGAUCAAUGUGAGGAUGAUGUCGACGAAUGCCUUUAUUAUCCAUGCGGAGUCCAGGGUACGUGUAACAAUACAGUAGGUGGAUUCAAAUGUCAAUGCAGCCCUUCCUGGACUGGUGAACAUUGCGAAACACUCAUUGAUUCCUGUAAGGAUAUGCCCUGUAAGAACAAUGGUUCUUGCAGUGAGUUUGGGAAUCUGUAUCUCUGUACCUGCUCACCCCAGUGGAAGGGAAGUCAUUGUGAAACAGAUGUUGAUGAAUGCAGCGACAGUCCGUGCAAAAACAAUGCGACAUGCAAGAAUACGAUCGGGGGAUACAAAUGUGAAUGUAAACCAGGUUUUAACGGUACAUAUUGCGAUGAGGAUAUUGAUGAAUGUGCAAAUGAUAUAGAUCCCUGCGGAAAUACCUCUUUAUGUAUAAACACGUUGGGGUCUUACCAAUGUCAUUACAAUUGUUCUAGUGUGAAAUGUUACCACAACAAACAGUGUCAUCUAAAUGGAGCGUUGCCAAGUUGUCAGUGUUCAAAUAACGGAGACGAUAUGAAGUGGACAGGGCCUGUCUGCGACGAUCGUGACUACUGCGCUGAAAAGAAAUGCGGCAAAAAUUCAGAUUGUAACAACCUGAUCGACGGUUAUAUUUGUCACUACGAUCCAUGUAGUAGCUCUCCCUGUUCAAAUAAUGGAACAUGUCACAAAUAUCACAAUCAUUUUACUUGUAAAUGUGAUCCCGAAUGGACAGGUGUAAAUUGUAGUAUCAUCAACCAUUGUUUCAAUAACUCAUGUCAUCAUGGUCAGUGCGUGAAUAAAAUGUACGUUGAGUUGGGUUAUGAAUGCAAGUGCGAACCUGGAUGGAAAGGCGCAUUUUGUAACGAAACAGACCAUUGUUUUCCAGAGCCAUGCAAUCAGCACGGGAAGUGUAUCAGCUUGAAUAACACCUAUGAAUGUCGGUGCGACUCUAACUGGACUGGGAUCAACUGCGCAAAUGAAAAUUACUGUGAACUAGAGAGACUCAUAUUGGGCGAAAGUCCAUGCCAGAACGAUGGAGAUUGCAGUAAUAAUAUUGAUAAUUCCAAUUACACGUGCAACUGUACAGAAGACUUCUAUGGAGUACAUUGUGAAUUUUCCAAUUACUGCACACAACAACCAUGUAAAAAUGGUGCAACAUGUAGAAAUGAUGAGAUAUCCGGCUAUACGUGUGAGUGUACAAUUGGCUUUAAUGGGACUAAUUGUUCGACGGAGAUUGAUUACUGUUUAAAUAGUCCAUGUCAGCACAACGGGACGUGCAGUUCUCGGCGAUACGGAUACUACUGCCAUUGUGUCAGCGGAUACAUAGGGAGGGAAUGUCAAGAUGAUUUGGACGAAUGCAAACUAGACUACUGUCCACCGGCAUCUACCUGUUACAAUACAAUUGGUGGAUUUAAGUGUGCCUGGGAAUCCCAAAGUGGACGAACCCGAAGAUCAAAAAAAGAAUUCAGACAAAAUCUGAUCUUGUCUGAUAAGGUUAGAUCUCUUCCCCUGUCUUCUUUACUGAAAUACAUCAGAUUCCUCGUACAGUCCACAGCAUGCGGUACAACCGGGAGGUUUCAGCCUUUAGACAUCAUUGUUGACAGUAUCGGUAUAGAAUUUGACUACAUAGUGAGCUGUCCUCAGACUGCGAUCUCCCGAAAUCUCUGGAGCAUGAAUGAAGAUACACGUUCCCUCAUGCGAGACGUCUGCCCUGACAAUGUCUGUGUUACGCUUGUGGACUCUAUCAUUGUCUGAAAACUGUUAUACAGAAAGAUUAUUCAGUAAAUGAAUGCAUUUCAAUAUAGGUCCCAUAGAGAAAUAUAAUUUUAAUUCAAGAAAACGAUAAUUUAAAAAUGAAAUUCGUACAUGAAUAAGAGAGCUUUAACAUUGGAUACAUAGGAUUAGUUCACAAAUUCUUGAUAGAUUUUUGCUGGCGUUUUAUUUUAUGACGAGAUAGAUCAAAAUCUAUCACCGAGUGCAUAUGUUAUCUGAUAUGAAAUGAACGUUUCUGAAGCAUUCUCUGUAACUCAGCUGUGAUUAUUGGAUAUGACUGAUGCAUCAAUGAAUACAAAAUACAUGUAAACAUUAAGAUAAAUUGAGAGAUCGAUAAAUUUGAACAUUUUCUUGAAGUAUUUGAUAUUGAUGAGAAUAAUGAAUAAAAUGAUCAAAUCAAAA